AUGGCAAGUGCUUUAGAAACAAUAAGCGGGCAAGCCUUUGGGGCGAAGCAAUACGAAAAGAUAGGUAUUCAAAAUCAGACGGCCAUUUUUUCUCUCAUCAUCAUCUGCAUCCCCAUCUCCAUUCUAUGGACACACAUGAGCAAAGUUCUGGUGUUGGUGGGGCAAGACCCUGAGAUCUCUCGUGAGACCGGUAGGUUCAUGACGUGGCUCAUCCCGGCUCUGUUCGGGUACGCCACUUUGCAGCCCCUCAUACGCUACUACCAAAUGCAGAGCUUGGUUUUGCCUAUGCUCCUCAGCUCAACUAUCACCCUUUGCUUCCAUAUUCCUGUCUGUUGGGCUCUCGUUUUCAAAUCAGGCUUGGGGAACCUUGGUGGAGCAGUCGCUGUCGGAAUAUCCAUGUGGCUCAACGUCACCAUUUUUGGCAUUUAUAUGUUGUUCUCACCCACGUGCGCCAAAACACGCGCCCCCAUCUCCAUCAGGAUGUUUCAAGGGAUGGGGGAGUUUUUCAGAUUUGCAGUUCCUUCUGCGGUUAUGAUUUGUCUCGAGUGGUGGUCGUUUGAGCUGGUUAUAUUGCUCUCGGGGAUUUUACCAAAUCCGCAGCUCGAGACCUCCGUGCUCUCUGUAUGCCUGAAUACAAUUGCCACGCUUUAUGCGAUACCAUAUGGAUUAAGUGCUGCAGCAAGCACUAGAAUCUCAAACGAGUUGGGAGCCGGUAGGCCAGAGGGAGCUCGUUUGUCAGUGAUUGCGCUAAUGCUUCUUGCUGCUAUUGAUGCAAUAGUAGCAAGCGCAAGUCUCUUUGCCAGCCGACACGUUUUUGGCUACAUUUUUAGCAAUGAGGCGGAGGUCGUGGAAUACGUGGCCAACUUGGCUCCUCUCAUUUGCUUAUCCGUCAUAAUGGACUCUAUCCAAGGGCCCCUUUCAGGCGUUGCGAGGGGCUGCGGGUGGCAACAUUUCGGGGCUUACGUUAAUCUUUCAGCAUUUUAUCUUUUCGGUAUUCCAAUUGCGGGAGUUUUAGGUUUCUGGUUCAAUUUUAGAGGAAAAGGUCUGUGGCUAGGGAUAAUCUGUGGCGCAACCUUGCAAACCAUUAUGCUCUCCAUCAUAACUGCAUGCACAAACUGGGAAAAACAGGCAACCAAGGCAAGAGAGAGGUUAUUUGGGUUGGAUUAA